GGUCGGAUAGAGGCGGGCCUUCUGCAUAGUUGGAGGAAAGAGCAAUGUGAUUCUAAAGUACCGGCAGAUGGGAUAAUGCAAGAUCUUUGAAUCAUUUUGUUUAACUUUAGUACUGGGAUUGGGUGGUGGUUGGAUAGAGGACUCGCGCGUUGACUCAGCUCCUCGGCCUGGUGCCGUUGGGCCGAUCAGGCGCUGGGCCUUGUGCGCCUGCGCGGCGCCAGGGCCGGACAUGGGGAAGAAACACAAGAAGCUCAAGUGUGAGUGGCGCUCGUAUGACGGAUUUAUUGAUAAACCGUCUGAAAAACCACUUAAGCUUGUGCUGAAAGUUGGAGGAAGUGAAGUAACUGAGCUUUCUGGCUCAGGCCAUGAUUCCAGUUAUUAUGACGAUCGAUCUGAUCAUGAGCGAGAACGGCACAAAGACAAGAAAAAGAAGAAGAAAAAGAAAUCUGAGAAAGAAAAACAUAUUUCAGAUGAAGAGCGUAGAAGGAGAAAGGAAGAGAAGAAGCGAAAACGUGAGAAAGAACACUUAGAUAGUGAGGCUGAUGCUGAUGAGUUUGACCCAGGCAAAAGGAUUGAAGUUGAACCCCCAACAGAUCGACCAGUACGAUCCUGUAGAACAAAAGAACAAGCUGAAAGUGAGAAUACACCCCUGCAGCAAUUAUUAGAGCAUUUUUUACGCCAGUUACAGCGGAAAGAUCCUCAUGGAUUUUUUGCAUUCCCUGUUACGGAUAGUAUUGCACCUGGUUAUUCUAUGAUAAUAAAACAUCCAAUGGAUUUCAGCACUAUGAAGGAUAAAAUUCUGGCAAAUGAAUAUAACUCCAUUACAGAAUUCAAGGGUGACUUCAAGCUGAUGUGCGAUAAUGCAAUGACUUACAACCGACCUGAAACUGUGUACUACAAAGCUGCAAAAAAGCUGCUUCACACAGGAUUUAAGAUGAUGAGUAAAGAGCGUCUGUUAGCUUUGAAGCGCAGCAUGACAUUCAUGCAGGAGAUCGAUUUUUCUCAGCAGGCAGCACUGUUAGGCGACGAGGAUGUAGCACAAGAAGAAACUGUUACAGAAGUUACUAUAGUACCUGUCGAAACAACAACCAAAAAAUCCAAGAAGCAAAGUAAAGAGGUCAUCAGUUACUUAUAUGAGCCAGAAGGAAAUGCAUGCAGUUCAACUGACAGCACUGCUGAGGAACAUGUCUUGGCAUUGGUGGAACAUGCAGCGGAUGAAGCUCGAGAUAGAAUUAGCAGAAGUGCUGCUAAUUCUAAGAUUGGCUACCUCAAAAAGGAUGGUGAUGGUCCUUUGCUCUUUGCUGUUGUAAACCAAUCUGAUCCAGAGACUGAAGAGGAAGAGGUUCACCCAGUGGAUCUGAGUUCCCUUACAACUAAACUCCAACCAGGAAUCAAUACAAUGGGAUUUAAAGAUGAUCGGAGAAACAAAGCGUUAUCGGUUACUUAUCUCAACUGUGUGUACACUGCACAGUCCAUCCAAAACAACACCAUCUUCCCAAAUCUGACUCCAGAGGAGACAGAAUUGCUGUAUUCCACAUAUGGAGAAGAAACUGGGGUUCAGUGUGCCUUAAGUUUGCAAGAGUUUGUUAAAGAUUGUGGAAGCUCCACAAAGAAAAUGGUUGAUGAUUUACUGAACCAAAUCACAGCAGGGGAACAUUCCAAAACCGUCUACCACUUAUCACAGAAGAGAAACGUUGAGCAAAAAACAAAUAAAGAUACCAAAAUGAAUCUUGAUGAAGUGCAGGCUCCAGCUAUUUUUAUAAAAGAGGAACCCAAGAUGCAACCUGUCUGUACAGAGAUAUCAAAACCAAUAAUGGCUGGAGAGGCAAAUGGCAGUACAGGCGACAACCGGCCUGGUCUGGAUUUCAUUCCUGUGAAGUCUUAUUCUGAUGUUUCCUUAGAUAUUUCUUUACUGAACUCACUAGGGAAAGUAGUGAAGAAGGAGCCUGAUCACGAUGAUAACCAGAGAAAUCUAGAUGAGACCACCAAAUUGUUGCAGGAUUUGCAUGAGGCUCAGACAGAACGUGUCGGUUCCCGACCUUCUUCAAAUCUCAGCUCAAUCUCCAGCAACUCCGACCGUGAGCAGCACCACCUAGGGAGUCCUCAUAACCUGAGUGUUGGAGAGCAACGGGAUAUAGUCCAAGACUUCCGUGAAUUUCUUCAGUCUCCAAGUAAUACAGCUGCAGGCAGCCUGAAUCGAAGUGCUGAAAACUCCUAGAACAUUCACAGUAGUGAAAGUGAGCCAUUUUGUUAAAUGAAAGAAUGGAUUUAUCUUCUUUUUUUUCACAAAGACUCUUAUAAGAGGAAACAGACCUUCAGGUAUCUUUCCAAUGCAAGGUGAUCAUUUUCUAGUUUGAAAUCUACUGAACUCAGGUUAUCUCCUGUUCUCUGGUUUAGCGUGAAUUGAAAGGGCAAAGUGUGUUGGAUCGUAUAGUUGUGAUCAUGUCCAGUUUGUACAGAACAAAAGAUGUUCAGGCUGUGUGGAUUCCAGAAUAUUUGCUCGGUUUGGUCUAGUAGGUAUAUGUUUAGCAGUUUUCAAAAUAUGUACAGACUUUAGAAAAAAAAUUUUGUAUAUAUAAUGGUCUUGCCUUAAUCUUGUUCUUAGCAAUAGUAUGCAUUAUCAUAUGUUUGCUUACCCUUUUCAAAACCAUACUUGAGGAUAAUACAUCAUGAUGAAGAAUGUAAAUUUGUACAUCAUUUCCUUCGAUUCUUGUUUGCACACCCCUAUAUUCCAGAUAGUAUUCUGGAGUGCUAGUGCAAACUAUGUCAGUAUUUGCAAAUAUCUUUAAAAGGUAAAUCUGAAAAAUAAUGACACCCAAAGAGUUAAACUAAUUUACAGAUUCUGUAGAAGUUUGUUUCACCAUGUAUUUAUUGUAAUUUUUAAAGAAUAUACCACUGGGUGUACUAAAUCUAGACAACAAAUCAUUUUAACAGGAAAUCUAAAUUGAUUUAUUGAAGCUGUGAUGGAUUUUUCAAAUAUUGCUAAUAACAGAUUUUAUACCAAUCUUGUGACUUCUUAUGUAAACUUCCACUACUACAAGGUGCUGAUCUGAGAUUGGUAACUGUUGUGAUACAUCCCAUCAGCCAACAUUUACCAGUCAUUUGAAGAUCUAACCUCUUGUAGAGUAUAAUGGAUCUCCUACAGACAGCAAUUGUAAGAAACUGUCAGCAGUACCCUCAACAGACCUUUCCAAUUUUCUGUCCUUAAUUUAAAUGGAAAUAAUUGGGAACAGCCUUUUACAAGGAUGUCUUUUGACAUGAUAUUUGCUCCACCAUCAUUUCAUUCAGUCUAAGAAACAUCAUCCAUUUUAUCUGUGUUUCAGAUCCCCAGCACUGCUGCUGGUUUCACAAUAACCUGUAUUUUUAAUGAAGUAGACAUUUAAUACUAGGUUGACUUAACAUACUGGUGAUAUUUUGUAUUGUUUGGGAAAAUUCACAUUUAGCUGAAUGCAAGUUAAUGCCUCUUCCAUAGUUUUAGUUUUCUUGGGCUGUGCUAAUUUAUUCCUUUCCUUAUGCCAGUGAGCAGUAUACACAAAAUAUUUUAGAUUCAAUCUGAGAAAGGAAGCACAAACAUUGGAGCACAGGAUUCAAACAUUGUGCAAGAUUUGUCACACUUGCUGACAAUAAUAUAAAGCAUACUUACAAGUAAUAUUUUUAUUGAAUAAAUAUGAAUUAGAUUUUGUUGAUAUGUACAUAAUAUUCCUAGUAUGAAUUUUACUGUUUUAUCAGAAUAGUAUUUAAAGACAGUUAUCACUAAGCAAUAAACCAGAACAAAACCACAGUUAAAUUGAACGAGAAAGCUAUGCAAUAAAACAUUGAAUUUUAUCUAACGUUUUGACAAUGACCAAAGUGCUUUGAUUAUGAAAUUUGAGAUUUUCUUCCUUGAAAUGUUGUUUUCUUUUGGGUCAUGUGGUCAGGGUAUAGGCUUUUCUUUUUAAUUUAUCUGUUCUUUACAUCUAAUUUGUGCCAUUUAAGUUUGGCUGAUUUUUUAAGUAUUUGAUUCUGCAAAGUUAUCUUUAAAAAUGGUUCAGUUAUCUUCCUUGCUGUUAAAUUAUGAGAUUACUUUGAAUUACUAUUCACACCUGCUUUCUCUUAUUACUGUGGUUUUAUAUUUGAUGAAAAUUUAAUUUUUAUUAAAAUUAUCUGAUGAAUAGAAUUUUAUGCAAACUUUAGAAUUAAAUGUUCCAAUCCAAAUUAAUUUAAAAUUAAACAAGAAUUUUCAUCAUUGCAGGCUGCAUUCUUUCAAAUUCUUGCUUUUUCCUUAAUCGUUAUGCUGAUGAAUCAGAACAUUGUGAGCUCAAGCCCCACUCUAGAAAUGAAGCAUAUCAUCUAGUCAGACCUAUAGUCAUUGAAUUAUUAAGGGAUUGAUGUGUUGUCAGAGGUGUCAUCUUUGAGCUGAGGUAUUAAACUGCUUCUGUUAAAUGGUGUGUGUAAAGAUUCCCUGGCACGAUUUGAAUUCCCUGUGCAAUUGUCCCAACAAUUAUCCUUCAACAAACACUAAAGAAAAUUUGUUGCUCAUUUCUCUCAUUGCUGUUUGAAGGACCUCCAAUGCACAAAUUUUCAUCCACAUUUGCUUGAUUAACAACAGUUACUUCUUUUCAAAAAUACAAAAUUGGGCAUAAAGCACUUUUGGGUGCCUUGAAGGUAUGAAUGACAUUGUAUAAAUGCAAAUGUUUCUAAAUUAAAUUCAUAAUGAUCAUGACUGGUUUUCAGUUCAAUAACAUGUUACUGAAUUUCUUCAUUUUCUCUAUACUCUUUUUACAACAGAUGUGGAUCAGUAUUUCACUGUUUUUAAGCAUACAGUAAAUAAAUUCCACUUUUUUUAAGGAAGCAGUUUAAUCAACAAAUAUCUGAAUAUGUCAAAAUUACAUUGCUGUCUACUGUUUGUCUGAAAGAAGACUGCUAAUCGAACUGUUUUGUUGAAGGCAUGUUGUAAAUAUGAAAUAAACUAUAUAAUAAAUAUGUUGGUAAUUUUACUGAUAAAUGCUUGUUUUUACGUUCUGCAUAAAUGUACAAAGAAAGCUAUUUACAAUACAUCUCUCCAUCAAUGACAUUCAUUGUGUUCAAAAUUAAAACAGACAUAAGCAAAAGAAGGUGC